AUCUCUCACUCAAACAUUCUCCAUAACAAUGGCUUCAAAGAACUCAGCCUCUCUUGCUCUUUUCUUUGCCCUCAACAUCCUUUUUUUCACCUUAACCGCUGGUACUAAUUGUAGAUGCAACCCGAGUCCUAAGCCUAGGCCGCUCCCAAAUCCUAAGGUCCCAAGUCCUAAGGUCCCAACUCCUUCGGUCCCAAGUCCAUAUGUUCCAACUCCUUCGGUCCCAAGUCCUUCCGUACCAACUCCUUCGGUCCCAAGUCCUUCCGUACCAAGUCCUAACCCUACGCCAGUCAUUCCUCCGAGAACCCCUGGUUCAUCCGGAAACUGUCCUAUCGAUGCUCUCAGACUCGGUGUAUGUGCGAAUGUGCUAAGCGGUCUACUUAACGUGCAGUUGGGACAGCCAUCACCUCAACCAUGCUGCUCACUCAUUCAAGGUUUGGUUGACCUUGACGCUGCGGUUUGCCUAUGCACUGCUCUUAGGGCUAACGUUCUUGGCAUCAACCUUAACGUUCCUAUAUCUCUCAGUGUUCUUCUCAACGUUUGCAACAGAAGGCUUCCGUCUAAUUUCCAAUGUGCUUGAGGGAUAUCAAUUACACAUACGACGCACACAGUUUACUCUUUAAAAUAAUCACAGUUUGAAUAAUUGCAUGCAUGUAUGCAAGUUAAGGGUUCAAUGUUUCAAUCUUUUGUUUAAGUGUGAGGCGUUAUCUUUUUCCGCGCAUAUAUGUUUUUGUUGUAACUUUUAUUGUUUAAAUGAAAGACGUUUCAUAGUCCAUUUUAUUUGUUGUC